AUGUAUCCGUUGAAAGCUGCCCAUUCAAGAACUCGCGAUGGUCCUGUCGAAGAAGAAAGCCGAGCUGUGACCUAUAAUAUCGGCGAUAUGACCUUGCAGCAUGAUCAACUGGCGGCGGAUGCAAUCGCGCUCAUCCAGCGAGCGUGGGCGGGAUACGACGAAACAUGGGGGACAGGCUCCAUGAGUUGCGCCGUCUAUGACACAGCCUGGAUAUCAAUGGUAGCGAAAGAGCGAGCUGGGGAGAAGAUAUGGCUGUUUCCCCAAUCUUUCGACUAUCUGCUGAGUAUGCAGUCUAAUGAUGGUAGCUGGGGAGCGACGACUUCGGCAUCACAAAUCGACGGCAUCUUAAAUACCGCAGCCUCACUACUCUCUCUUCAGAGACACUGCUGCGAGCCACUCAAUACAACCAGUCAUGUAAUCGCAGGUAUCCAAGGGCGGAUACAUCGAGCCACGUUGUCACUGGCUUCUCAGCUCAAUAGUUGGGAUGUUGCUGCAACAACGCACGUUGGCUUUGAGCUGAUUGUGCCGGAGCUGUUGGAAUUAUUGACGAUGCAAGAUCCCUCUAUUGCCUUUGACUUCUCAGGUGAAAAGCUCCUCAAGGAGAUUCACCGCGCCAAAAUGUCAGCCUUCGUACCGGACUCUCUGUACGGCUGCAAGCCUUCAACGGCGCUCCAUUCGCUCGAGGCAUUCAGAGGCAAACUAGACUUUGACAAGAUCGCUCACCACAAGGUCGGCGGCUCCAUGAUGGCAUCACCCUCCUCCACGGCGGCUUAUCUCAUGUACACGACAGAAUGGGACAAUGAGGCAGAAGCUUACUUGUGCAACGUUGUCCAAGCCGGCAUGGGAAGGGGCAGCGGAGCUGUGCCGAGUGCCUUUCCUUCCAUGUUCUUUGAGUACACUUGGAUUUUGUCAACCCUUUUCCGCGCCGGGUUUUCUUGUGCGGAAACGCACUGCGCCGAAUUGGAUGCCAUGACUGGGUUGCUUCGAGACGCAUUCCAAGAUGGGAAGGGUACCAUUGGCUUUGCUCCUGGAUUGCCCGUCGAUGUUGAUGACACGGCCAAGUACAUCACCUGUCUGAGCAGGCUGGGAAGAGAACAAGAGGCAUGCCCGGAUGCGAUGAUUGGCACCUUCGAAGCAGACACACAUUUCCGCACAUACUUGUCGGAAAGAGAUCCAAGCUUUACCGCAAACUGUAAUGUUCUCUCAGCACUUCUUGAGCAGCCAGAUGUUUCACAGUACUCGUCUCAAAUCUUCAAGGUUGUCAACUUUUUAUGUGAUCGCUGGUGGGAGAGCGAUAAAGGCAUAAAGGACAAGUGGAAUUUGAGCUGUUUGUAUCCAUCACUGCUCGUGGUUCAGGCAUUUGUGGAUCUUCUUGUACAGCUUCAGCGAGGUAAUCUGAAGCCGUUGAGACGAGAUGUGCAGUCGAGAGUUCACAUCACUCUGUUCCAAGCCUGUCUAAGGGCGUUGCUGUGCGAUUCCGACUCCACUUCGGUCGAGCAAGCGGCCUACCGUGUUCUCAUUCUCUGUGAGGCACGUAGACUCUCCUUUUUCGACACUAUUAGACCUCGGAUCGAUGAGUAUAUAAAAGAUCAAGCAAGCCUUCUUAAUACAACACCAAACUCGGAGCUCGAGUCAGAAGCAAAUCGGGUAUGGAUUGAGAAGGUCAGCUUCGGCUCUCCCCUCAUCACGCAGGGCUACAGGCUCGCGGCACUCAAGGCAGCCUCGCUUCCGGUAGGCAUGAUAGGGUUGGAAUCUAACCAUCAUUCCAUGCCCAGCCUCGAAGGCGGCGGAAAGUACGUGAAGCUACUCAAGAGAACGCCGCUCUUCGCCCGCACACCAGAGUGGAAGAUUGAAGUAUCAGCGUUAGAGGCUUCGCUGUUCCAACCCCUACUGAGGCGUCGACGUCUGGACGUUUUCCCCAGAACGAACAUGGCGCCGGACAAAUAUUUUGAUAUAAUCCCUCUGACCUGGACGAGCUGUAAUAAUCGGACUGGGAUAUUUGCGUCAACGCGUUUUAUUUACGAAAUGAUGGUCAUUUCUUUUCUUGACUUCCAAGCCGAUGAGUUUAUGGAGGCCGUGGCGGGACGGUCGUUCCAUGGGGACACCGGCGCCCUUCGCCAGUUAAUCGACGACGUCUUCAUGGCAGUAGGUGGCGACAAGCCUGCCAGGAUGUCCAACAAGCGAAAGACGACUUCCGAUGGGACAAGAGAGCCUCCGAAAACCAGCAGGCGUGGCGUAGCAUACAUUACUUCGAAUGAGUUUGAUCAUACCACCACUAGUUCCAGGCUCGAAUGCAAAGACAACAAGGAUCAAGUGCGUCAAACCUUGACACGUUUUGUGUCACAUAUUGCACAACACCCUCUUGUCCAAUCAGCCAGCCCUUGCGAUCGCAAUUCGACGCUCCGGGAGCUUCGCGUCUACCUGCACGCCCACGUCACUCAGUCAGAAGACAACGCCAGUCUCAUCCAGGCUCGGGGCUCGUCAUGGCAGCCAAGAAUGGGGACGGCCGGCUUCACACGGACGUUGGGCAGCGACAGCUAUUUCCGCUGGGUUCACACCGUCUCGAGCGACCACACCGCCUGCCCGUACUCGUUUGCCUUUGCUGGCUGUUUGCUGAGCGCGCAGCUCGGUGGUGUCGAGAGCUUCCCGUCAACGCGUGCCAAGUACCUGGCGACGGCGGCAUGCCAACAUCUUGCUACCAUGUGCCGCAUGUACAAUGACUACGGAUCUGUUGCUCGCGAUGAGGCCGAGUGUAACCUGAACUCGGUUGACUUUCCCGAAUUUGCCAACGACUCUGGGGCGGACUUGGAGUCCAGGAAGAAGACGCUAUAUGAGCUCGCACAGUACGAGCGAGACUGGUUUGAAGAUGCCAUGAGUCGUCUCGGGACCGAGAUGCGGCAUGUGGGAAGGAGCCGUCAGUUGGAAGUGUGGUCGAUGUUUUGUGACGUGACGGAUCUUUACGGCCAAAUCUACGUGGUCAAGGACAUUGCUAGUCGCAUGGUCAAUGGCGGAGGGACGCGGAAGUCGUAG